UUCAAUUUCUGUUCCUCUAUAAUAUGAGACUCCAUGUGAUUCUUCUGGAAAUGCAGUAAAGAUUUUUCGAGUCUAGCUCACUUUUACACAUUGGGUUUGACCAAGGGAUGAGGAACUUAGUUCAUGCUUUCUUUUCUCUUAGUCUUUGAUUCAAUUAUGUUUGCCUGACUGUAAUUUUGAGUGUUUUUAUGAUCUCAUAUAUGGUAAUAUCCUUGGUUUCAUGAGUUUUAUUGGAAAACGGCACGACUAGGCUAGCCUCCUUGUCAACCUGAAGAUGAGCCCCAUGUUGGAGAAGGCAGAAACUGAUUCCAGCUCAGUCUAGGAACUCCUUCCGGAUUGAUCCUUCUCUGGGAGAGUAUCCAGUGUCAACAUUAUCAUCAAUGAAGCAGUGCUAGAACAGAGUGCAGUGUUAAAUCCAAUCAUUACUUCUUUGUUUGAGCUCCGCUAGCUGCAGUAACCACACAAUUGCGGCUUCAAAGCUGGAGGAGGAGAAAUUAUCUAAUUGACCAUCAGUUGGUAACUUGGUAUCUUUCCUUGAAAGUUAUUGUUUGCUACACUGAAAGAAGACAAGAAAUGUAAUCUUUUGAUUGAACCAGGAAUUUCAUCAGAUUGUUGGUUUCGUGAGAGCUCUAGUUGCUCUAAGUCAAGUUUGAAAUUUUCACUGGUAUAUUGCCAUAGUUGUUUGUCUUCAGGUCCAGCUGAUGAAGGACUUUCAGUUGACCAAUCUCAAUUGGCUACUGUCACUAAAGUCUGUUUCUCACUUCUCAGAUAUAAAUAGCUGGUGGUAGGGUGGAAUUCUGAUUAUACUGCAACAGGGAAACUUUGUUGGCAUUAGCAAACACAGUCGACGAUCCCGGUUACUAUAUCAAGAGUUAACCAAGUUGAUGCAGCGAGAUUGGACGUUGAAAUGUCUGCCAUGUUGAAAGAGCAGUUGGUUAAAGUGUUUGCUUUGAUGAAGCCAGGAAUGUUAUUUCAGUAUGAAGCUGAGCUUGAUGCUUUCCUCGAGUUUCUUAUUUGGCGGUUUUCAAUUUGGGUGGAUAAGCCAACUCCAGGCAUUGCUCUCAUGAACCUCAGGUACAGAGACGAGCGUGCGGUUGAAUCGAGAGAUAAAGUCAGAACUGGUCUGGAGGGACCAGGACUCACAGUGGCUCAGAAACUUUGGUAUUGUAUUGCUACUGUUGGUGGUCAGUAUAUCUGGGCUCGUUUACAAUCCUUCUCUGCAUUUCGUAGAUGGGGUGAUACUGAGCAGAGACCAUUAGCACGGCGUUUAUGGAUCUUCAUACAACGGAUAGAAGGCAUUUAUAGAGCUACUUCAUUUGGAAACUUGUUGAUAUUUCUUUGCACGGGAAGAUACCGAAAUCUUAUUGAAAGAGCCUUACGAGCUAGGCUUGUGUAUGGGAGCCCAAAUAUGAAUCGUGCUGUUAGCUUUGAGUAUAUGAACAGACAGUUAGUUUGGAAUGAAUUCUCGGAAAUGUUAUUGUUGCUUCUUCCUCUUCUUAAUUCAUCAUCUGUGAAAAAUCUCCUUAAACCUUUUUCUAAGGAUAAAUCGUCAAGCUCAGCCGAGGAUGGCACAAUAUGUCCCAUUUGCCAGGCUACUCCAACCAUUCCUUAUGUUGCUAUACCCUGUCAUCACAUGUACAUCUCUAGCAAGAUAUGCACUCUCAUGUCAUUUUAUUUUUCGCCUGUUGAAGCUUUUUACUGGGCAUUGCUUUUGAUAUUGUUACUAUUGUCUUCGGACACGAUGUGCUGCUGCCCCAUCAUUUAGGUGUUCCAGGUGCAGUGAGCCAGUUGUUGCUAUGCAACGCCAUAGCGGUGUCUCCACAGAAUGAUUGUUACCAAGAGAGAAAAGGAAUAAUAAUGUUAGGCUUAGGAAGUGUUUGAUCUACGUACAGAAUUAUUAGCUUAUAAAAUACUACCUAAAAUUGUGGUGGUAUUUUCUUUCCUCUUUGUUUGGUUUCUCCCUUUUUAUUCAGAUUCAAUGGGAAAAUCAAAUCAAAAUUUCUUGGUAGCAUCGCUUAGUCGAUCUAGGGGGAUAGUAUUAUUCUUUAUGUUGUAACAAUGUAUCAUUCAGUGGCGUCUUAUACACAUACAUUCGUUCUAUUUUAACUUUUAAGUUCAAA